AUGAGUUUAACCGAUGAUCGCUCGUGUCGCGUGUCAGUGAUCAUGUUGAGCGUUUGGACCCUGAUGAUGAUGAUGCUGGUGACCCCGACGGCCCUCGCCUCAAACUCUGACACACAUCACAGACACAAACAUGACUCAAACCUGGAGAUCUAUAAGCGUUUGUUUGAGACGAAGAGGAAAGAUCAACUGAACGCUCUGAAGAAUCUGGUGGAGCUGAACGACAUCAACCAGCAGUACAAGAUCAUCGACAUCAUGCUGAAGGGACUCUUCAAGGUGCUGGAGGACUCUCGAGCUGUUCUCAUAGCUGCUCAUCUACAACCGGAUGAUCCGUUCCCACAGGACCACAAAAUCAAAGAAGCGUACUCUCAUGUGGUGGAGAACACGGCGUUCUUCGGUGACGUGGCUCUGAGGUUUCCUCGUAUCGUUCAUCAUUAUUUUGAUGGUAAUGCUGAAUGGAACGGUCUGCUGCGCUGGGGUCUUUCCUUCUGUAACCAGACGGGGAUUUUUACUGGAGGAGCACACCAACACGUCCUCACGCUGAUGUCACAGGAGCUUGGAAUCACAGAGAAAUCUCCAGACUUCAUCAAUCCCUACCGCACAGAGAGAGACGACAUGCUACACACGGCUGAGGCGUUCCAGAAGAUUCUCCGUGAGGAGGACAAGAGGAGGAGGAAGGAAGAGAAGAGGAAGGAGAUCAGGAAAGGACCUCGGAUCUCUCGCUCAGAGUUAUAG